GGUUCAGAUUUGAGUUGGUUUUCUCUCGCUAUCUGGGAGCGCUCGAUUGGAGGAGAAGGACCGCCUGUCCCCUCUCUGCUUCUGCUGUCAAUGGCUUUCGGGACGUGUUUUAUUUGAAUGUCUGGGCCCUUUAAGUGACCAAUAAUGGAUAUUCUAUGGAUAUUAUGGAGCAUACCGGCCGUAUUAGCUGUUGAAGAAACGCUCAUGGACUCCACCACGGCCACGGCGGAGCUCGGCUGGACGGUCUACCCCGUGUCUGGGUCGAGCGACAACAGCUGGGAGGAGGUGAGCGGUUACGAUGAAAACAUGAACACCAUCCGGACGUACCAAGUCUGUAAUGUUUUCGACAACAAUCAGAACAACUGGGUAAGGACAAAAUACAUCCGCCGCCGUGGUGCGCAGCGGAUCCACGUGGAGAUGAAGUUCUCAGUGAGGGACUGCAGUAGUAUCCCCAACGUGCCGGGUUCCUGUAAAGAGACAUUUAACCUUUAUUAUUAUGAGUCGGACUCCGACACGGCCACCAGGACGUCGCCGGCUUGGAUGGAGAACCCCUGGAUCAAGGUCGACACCAUCGCAGCAGACGAGAGCUUCUCCCAGGUGGACCUCGGCGGCAGAGUGAUGAAGAUCAACACCGAGGUUCGGAGCUUCGGCCCCGUAUCGCGAAACGGCUUCUACUUGGCCUUCCAGGACUACGGCGGCUGCAUGUCGCUCAUUGCCGUCCGUGUCUUCUACCGGAAAUGUCCUCGUAUCAUCACCAACGGGGCGUUGUUCCAGGAGACGCUCUCGGGGGCAGAGAGCACCUCCCUGGUGGCUGCAAGGGGUGUUUGCAUCCCUAACGCAGAGGAAGUGGAUGUGCCCAUUAAGCUGUACUGCAACGGGGACGGAGAGUGGAUGGUACCUAUAGGGCGCUGCAUGUGCAAGGCUGGGAACGAGGCUGUGGAAAAUGGCACCGUUUGUCGAGCCUGUCCCUCUGGCUCCUUCAAACCGACUCAAGGAGAUGAGGCCUGCAUGCAGUGUCCCAUCAACAGCCGCACCACCAGCGAAGGCGCCAUCAACUGCGUUUGCCGCAACGGAUACUACCGCACCGACUCAGAUCCUCUCCAGAUGCCGUGCACAACUGUCCCCUCGGCUCCGCAGACCGUGAUCUCCAUCGUGAAUGAAACCUCUGUGAUGCUGGAGUGGAUGCCUCCCCGGGACUCGGGGGGCCGCGAGGAUGUGGUCUUCAACAUCAUCUGCAAGAGCUGCGGCGGAGGCCGCGGAGGGUGCACGCGCUGCGGGGACAACGUUCAGUUUCUACCCCGUCAGCUGGGCCUGACGGAAACCCGGGUUUACAUUAGUGACCUGCUGGCCCACACGCAGUACACGUUCGAGGUGCAGGCUGUCAACGGGGUGUCAGAUCAGAGCCCCUACUCCCCUCAGUACGCCUCAGUCAAUAUUACCACUAACCAGGCUGCCCCGUCCACUGUGUCUAUAAUGCACCAGGUCAGCCGUACCGUGGACAGCAUCACCCUCUCCUGGUCCCAGCCAGACCAGCCUAAUGGAGUCAUCCUGGACUACGAACUGCAGUACUAUGAAAAGGACCAAUCUGAAUAUAACUCCUCGACCAUCAGGAGCCAGACCAACACCGUGGUCAUCCGUGGACUGAAGCCAGGGAGCAUCUACGUGUUCCAGGUCCGGGCCCGCACCGUGGCUGGGUUUGGACGCUACAGUGGCAAACUGUACUUCCAGACCAUGACUGAGGAGGAGUACAACACCAGCAUUCAGGAGAAGCUGCCUCUCAUCAUUGGCUCGGCGGCUGCCGGGUUGGUCUUCCUCAUUGCUGUGGUUGUCAUCGUAAUCGUCUGUAACCGGAGGCGUGGCUUUGACAGGGCUGAUUCAGAAUACACAGACAAGCUGCAGCACUACACCAGCGGCCACAUGACUCCAGGAAUGAAGAUUUAUAUUGAUCCGUUCACAUAUGAGGACCCCAACGAGGCCGUGCGGGAGUUUGCCAAGGAGAUUGAUAUAUCCUGUGUGAAGAUUGAACAGGUCAUUGGUGCAGGAGAGUUUGGUGAAGUGUGCAGCGGCAACCUAAGGCUCCCAGGUAAAAGGGAGAUGUUCGUGGCCAUAAAGACUCUGAAGUCGGGCUACACAGAAAAGCAGAGACGGGACUUUCUGAGCGAGGCCAGCAUCAUGGGCCAGUUUGACCAUCCGAACGUCAUCCACCUGGAAGGCGUGGUCACCAAGAGCAGCCCUGUCAUGAUCAUCACUGAAUUCAUGGAGAAUGGAUCUCUGGACUCCUUCCUCAGACAAAACGAUGGGCAGUUCACUGUGAUCCAGCUUGUUGGUAUGCUGAGGGGCAUCGCCUCUGGCAUGAAGUACCUUGCCGACAUGAAUUAUGUGCACCGCGACCUUGCUGCCCGGAACAUCCUGGUCAACAGCAACCUCGUGUGCAAGGUUUCGGACUUCGGCCUCUCGCGCUUCCUGGAGGACGACACGUCGGACCCUACUUACACGAGCGCUCUGGGAGGGAAGAUCCCUAUCCGAUGGACUGCACCUGAAGCCAUCCAGUACAGGAAGUUCACCUCUGCUAGUGAUGUGUGGAGCUACGGGAUUGUCAUGUGGGAAGUCAUGUCCUACGGAGAGAGGCCUUACUGGGACAUGACCAAUCAAGACGUCAUCAAUGCCAUCGAGCAGGACUACCGGCUGCCCCCACCCAUGGACUGUCCCAGCGCUCUCCACCAGCUCAUGUUGGACUGCUGGCAGAAGGACCGCAACAACCGGCCCAAGUUCAGCCAGAUUGUUAACAACCUUGACAAGAUGAUUCGCAAUCCCAACACGCUGAAGGCCAUGACACCUUUAUCUUCGGGUGUUCACCUCCCUCUGCUGGACCGCAGCAUCCCAGACUUCUCCAGCUUCAGCACUGUGGAUGAGUGGCUGGACGCCAUCAAGAUGGGCCAGUAUAAAGACAACUUCGCCAACUUUGACUUUACUACAUUUGAUGUGGUGUCUCAGAUGACCAUGGAUGACAUCCUGAGGGUUGGUGUGACGUUAGCAGGCCAUCAAAAGAAGAUCCUCAACAGCGUCCAGAUGAUGCGGGCACAGAUGAACCAGAUCCAGUCAGUGGAGGUCUGACCUUCCCGGGUGGUGCAGAGGGAAUACAAAGGCGGCUGGGAUGCAGGGCUCUGGGCGCGGAGGAUCGAGUGGAUUCUGUUUUUUUUUUCUUUUCUUUUUUUUUUUUCGCGUGACAGUGUUUCUGGUCUUCCCACCAGACUACCAUUCAUCCCCCUCCGGUCCCCUCUCCACUUCCCUCUCUCCUCCUCUUAUCCCUUCUCCCUGACUCCAUCCUUGGGAUUAGCUGUGGAGAGAUGUGAAAACAAAAGUCCAUGUGAUGAGGCUUCAGACGGCCCGCGGCGAAACCCACCCUUAGAGCCAGAAGUACGGGAGGUUAGAAGUGACCAGCGACACGUUUUUUUUUUCUCUCAAUCUUCCACCAAUUUUCAUUUGAUGUUGAACAUUUAUGAUUUUUUUUUUCUUUUGGUUUGUUUGUGCUGAUAAUUUUGUAAAGAAUUUUUUAAAGAAAAAGGAAGAAAAACUGAAAAAGGCAAGGAUUUUAUCUAAAUUUAUAGAUGAUAUAAGGUUGUACAUUAGAUGAACUGAAUAGGAAAGCUACCCUUUAAAAGGGCAAAAAAAACAAAACAAAACGACAACAACAAAAAAAGACAAGAAAAAAAACAACAAACAAACCAGGAAGAGUUGAGGAGACCGUCCUCAGUGAGGUGUGGAUAUUGUCUUUGUUUUUAAUUUUGGACACCGUGUGGAAACCCAGAUUUCUCUGUGGCCUUCUGAAAAGGCAAACUGUAGAGGAGACUGUGGGACCCGACGUGCACGCCCGGCUGUUUCCCCAGGAAACAAAAUAAAACAUAAAAACAUGGACAGCUCUUGGCAUAGACUGAUGUCAUUCAAUCAGACGGACAAUUCACACCGAGAAAACCAACACUCAAGAAAAAGGAAAAAAAAAAACAAAAAAAAACCAACCUCAUUGCAAGUAAUUUUCUAUAUUGUGUGACAGUUUUGUGAAGAAGAUUUCCUCUCACCAUGCUUCCUCUCGCUAGAGACAAUUUUUGUUUCUUUCACGGUGAAAUAUUCACAGCCUGCCAAAUAGAACUCUUCUCCUUCGCACCCCAGUCAUGAUCUUGUACUGUACAUAUCAGAUGCACUUGACCUGCCAUAACAUGAAGACUCAGAGACAGUCAUGAGAGCAGACGAGCAGACUGCAGGGAGGACUUAAGUUGUUGUCAUCAUCAGUUUCCUUUUUUAAUUUGUGAAAAAACAGCUUGUGUAAAAAAAAAAGAAAAGAAAAAAGGGCAGCAAACUGACUUUCUACAUAGAUUCACGCAGAAAGAAACAGGUUCUACUGUUUGCAUACAUCCAGUACGCCCCGUUAUAGCAUCCUCCCUCAUGUUGUUCAUCUCCAGUGCCGUCUGUGCGUACGUGCAAAGAAGCUCCUGAAGCGUCAGGACUCGCGUUUGAUAGCAUGCUGAGUGAGUGGUUAAUUUCACAGUGCUUUGAUUUGCUGAAAUUACUAGAACUCUGUUUGGUAAGAGCUUGGAUUUGACACACUUUACGGAGUAUAAUGUGGCUGCAUUAUACUCAGCGUUCUUCUUCCAGUUUUCCUUUUGAAAACACCUUCUUAUGUUUAAAGUUGCAUUUACGCACACACACACGCAGACAUGAAUAGACUUUACAAUCAGACGUUCGUUGGGUGAAAAACAAACAAACAAACAAAAAAAAGCAAUGUGUUGUAUUAUUGCAAUUUCUGUAUGGAUAUUAAUGAACUGUUAUUAUUGUUUUUACUUUUAGAUUUUAUUUUUUUUUUCUGCACUGAGUCUACUGCCUGACUCCAGCAAACACUCUGGAUCUUCCAUCGAUGCUUUGAAUUUAUUUUUCAUGAAUCACGUUGGUGCACAGGAGCGUGCAGUUAAACUGCAUUUCUCUGGGUUUCAUUUUGUAGACCGUAUAUGCAUUUAUCGUAUGGUUUCCUGUGAACAGUACUGUCUCACGACUACAGAGCUGUCAAUCAUCGUUUGUGUUGUUGUCAGUAACCUGUUAUGAGGGGAAAGCUGGAGUUUGUGGCAAUGCAGUGAUGGAGAAUCAGUUAGGGGGUUUAUGUACGCAGCCAGUAAAUGAUUUCCACAGCGCGGGGCUCCCACUGGGCUUCGCUCUGUGACAUGACAGCCAGACAUGGAUGUCCAGCUGUGAGCCAUCGGUCAGAUGUGUCUGGGCACAGCAGGGCAGACGCACCCCUAUCACAGCCGCUCUGUCCAGGCACCGAUUCCCUCUCUGUCCUUUUGAUCACAUACACGCCUGUCGGGCCACCUGUCGGCCGCUUCCACUGAUCUCCGCAUAUGCGGCUUUCGCCAGUUGUCCCGUUUUGUCUCGGCGUGUUUAAAAACAUCAACAGCGGCGGGCGAACUGAAAAUCAUCUGUGGGGCAGUUGCGUCUCGUCUUGUGAGGAUGCGUGCAGCUGAGUAUAUGCUAAAAUUCCUCUGGACUGGACAAUGCUUCCAUGUUGGCUUCAUCCUCAUCUUUUUUUUUUUUUUUUUCCUCUUUAGACAGCUUUACAACCAAGGCCCCUGUGAGAACCGUUUCCGCACGACUCUCAUCCUACCUUUCAUUAACCCUGGCUGUCCAGAAAGCUUAAGGCCAAGAUUUGAGGGAUUUCUCAGCCUUUUUCCCUCUCCACAAUCAUCUGCUUGGUUAUUCUCAUCUGCUGUACAACACAUCAGAACAAAUAUUGCCCUGGAAGCUUUUCAUAACGCAGGAAACCAGAGGAGGAGAAUCGGGAGCUGUUAAAUCACAGCGCAGAUGUGGUGCUGUGACCUAAAUGCCACGAUGCCAACGUGCAGUUUGCUUUUUAGUUAAGAAAGGAGCUUUAGAUUAUCUUCCCUUUCCAUUUCUCAAGACUUAACAGCUCAUCAGUUUUAUUUAGUGCGGCUGUGCGUCUUCUCAUGGUACAGCAAAUAUUCCGUCGUCAGGAAAAACACUUAGUGUUCAAGAAAUUAAUCUUGAGCACACACAAGUCUGGUGAGGUUUACGCUCCAGUCCCAUUAAAGCCCAUUCAAAUGCUUGUCCACGGGUACUGCCAAGACUUUGAGGUAUUAAUCAAGCAAUUAUCCUUGACGUCUGCCUCAAGGAACUACCUUAAACAGGGUGGGCAGACAUACUCGUUGCUAGCACUGAAUAGAGAAGCAGUCGAUUCUCUGUUGCACACUUCUUGCAGCCAAGGGGAUGCUUUUUUGUGCAGAUCUUUCUGAAGGAUGGGUUUCUUGUUUUUUAUUUCAUCUGAAGAAGUUAAAAAGAACUUCUUUGAAACGUGUCUGGAAGCAUAGCAUUAAGUAUUUAUCUUGUGAUUCUGGCGGCAUAAAGAGUUCGAGUUGAGCAAUGAUCAGUGGAGCCUCAACUUCAAAACUUGAAAAAGUGAGUUCAAUCCGGUACGGUUUUAUGUUGGACCUAUUUCAAAAAAAAGAAUCGCCACUCACUAUUCUUUUAUUGUGUCUUAAAUCUAACUGAAUAUUUUUAUUUAAGUGAAAUUAAUGUCCGUUUCCUGUAAAUGGACUUAACAGUUCAGAAUUGUAGGUGGUACAUCAGAGUAUUCAAUCACUCGGAAAAGAUUUGUAUAUACAGACAGUUAUAUGUGUUCUUUUCCUUCCUUUCACUCGCUUGUUUUCCCUUGAAAUCAGCAGUUUUCUACUAUUCGCUUUCCACAAACAGUAGGUAUUAUUUAACUUCCCAGAUGUAGUUUUCCUGUGAAUUUUUACAGCAGAAAUAUGCCAUCUUCACAUGCAGACUCCAACUUCCCCUGUUGGAGUAAGAAAAGAAAAAAAAAAAAACUUUUACAGUUUUCCUCUGGAAAUGAAAGUAGGUUGUGACGCCAGUGAUGGUUUCUGCCAACUGCAAGUUUCAGGAAAAAAUAUUGUACUUUCUCCUUUUACAUCUGUGAAGCGAACCACUCAGCCCUGCCCUCACCAUGUGCCAAUAUUUGAAGGACGGAGGAAAACCGUUAAGUCUCAGUGUUACAGUUACAUGAUAGUGUGCAUAAACACGAGCGGUGCCCAGGCUGUACCCACUGGGCUGCAUUUGAACACCGUCUAACUGACUGCAGUAUGGCCAGAGCAUGAAGCCUGCCUCCUGUUGUGGCAGAAAGAAAAUGGCUCCUAUUCGAUGGCUGCAGCAUGAAGCACCGGAGCGCCCUCUACUGCUGCGGUGGUCAAAUGUAGCUGGAGUUGCAUUUUUUUUUUUUUUUUUUUAGGGUCAGAUGGUCUGUGAAUGCUGCAGAAGGCAGAGCUCCAUUGUUCGCGUCAGCGUGCCGCUGAUGGACAAACGCAGGCUGCUGCUCAGAACAGUGAACAGUGUUCUUUCGGUCUGUUGGACGAACUUUAGUACCACUACGGCAUCCUGCCACUUGUGUUCCCCUUUACGAUCCUGUGUUCCCCUCUGUUGCCCCCCCUCCCAACCCCCACCCCGCCCUCCUUCUACACCACUACCACUCUAGCUGUUGGUUAGCGCAGGCAGGGGAUCUCCAUGUGUUCCCCUGGUCUAUUAAAGCCCACAUUAUAGACCAGUGCCGGUUCAGACCACUGUGACUGAUGUGGGCGAUCCUGUAUUUCUGUAUAAAUGUAUAUUGACUGUAACCCUGUGAAUGAUGUAACAAUUUCAUUAUUUGUAAUAUUGUCAUUGGUUUAUUUUCUAAAAAUGGAAAGCCCAACUUGACUCUCCUCAAUAAAAAAAUAAGAAUCUGUUAUAAAAAUAAAAGUUAUUAGUAGUUUA